AAUAUUUAAAAGUCAGAAUGUUCAAUUCGCCCAAUAUGUAUGUUUCAGAAGUUACCAUUCUAGUGCUUUUGCUUGUUAUCAAUUGUGCUUUGGGCCUGGAAAAUCAGCGAUCAGAAUUUCUGAUUUUGAGAAAAUAUAAAAACAGCACCGAAUUUCAUGCAGAAAUUGGAGCUAAUAAGGCCUAUUAUCAGGCAAAUGCAGGCGAUUUAAUUUAUGGAUCGAGACAACCCGCUGAUAUUAUGCUGGUCAGAGAUGUAUUUGUGGUGGCUGAAGAAACGGGACUUGAACAAGAAAUUCAGUGGACUUUCAGCUCAAAUGCCCGAUACAUUUCAACGGUUAGAAUGCUAAAUUUUGGAGACCAAAAGGCGUUUUGUUCGUCGAUUUAUGUGACUCACGGGCAAGGAACGGUCGUUUUUAUUAUUCCAGCAAGCACGAAUCCGCGAGUUAUACUCGAAGCUUAUGGCCAAUAAAGUCAGAGUUUUGAGAAGUUUUAAA